AUGGUGAAAUCUGCUUUAGAAGAGUAUCAUAUUUCAUGCAGAUUGAAUUUGGUUUUUGGUUACAUAACAAUCAAAACAUCCAGGACUACUGACCCAGAUAUUCCUGUACAUCAGGCAAUUAGAGUACUGACUGAUAUACAAUGCGACAUCAUCGAGAUUGGGCUACUAGGUGAUGGGCUUCGCUCUAAAUUUGGUAUCACGCGGGAUCAAUGCUCGGAGCGGAUACUUGGAGGACUGACGGCCUGCAAUGUGUUUUUUCGUGAAGACAACAUUGCCGUUAUGGGUUCACCGUUGGGAUUAAAGCUAAUCAGGAGGAUCGUGGUAGAUUGCAUUGUUCAUAAGGUGGAUCCUGUGAGUUUCCAAGCGGGGAAGAAUCUUGAGGAUUUGCAUUUGUGA